UAUCAUUUAUUUAUUUUUAGCGGCUGAUAUGCUUAUUUUGGGGGGGGGGGUUACAAUGGAGUAUCAUUUAUUUUUCUUCGUGUGAGGGCUCAAUUUAGCCACUUUUGUAUUUUGUCAAAAACAUCAUUUUUUAAACGCCUUUGCGUGAUUCCCCCCCCCCCCCCCCACAGCAGCUGCAUCAUUUUUCCAAAGUGGCUUUUAGAUAGACCCCGACGACGAUGAUGAUGAGGAUGAGGAUGGGGACGAUGGUGGCGCGAUGGUGAACGGGACACCUCGAGCUGACCCCGGCCCGCAACAAAGCCAACCACUAGUCAGUGUCUGGGGGUCUUUUUGUGCCUUUCUCCCUGUUGUUGCGCGCCCGCGAGGACAAAUAUGGCCCCCGCGUCCCUUCAAUAUGGGCCCGAUUAAUUUUUCAGCUCGGGGGCCCCAUCUGUGGGGGUAGAGGUCCGUCAGCUAUAAGUCAUAAAUCUACCGUGCGUGCUCAAUAGGAAGGGGGUUUGGGGGGGGGGGGGGGGGUAAGAUAGAUGGCUGGCUUAUACAGAUAAGAUAAAUAAUGACGCAGCAGUUCCAAUCCACAAACAUCCAAUUUUCCAAUUUAGCCCCGCCAGCAAAUCUUCAUUAGGCCAAUGAGGUACCAAUUUUGUUAUUUGAUUUUUUUUUAUUUUUUUUAUUUAUUAAAAAAAAAAGUAAAAGUAAGACCUGCAAAAAAAAAGAUGCCUCCGCAUUGGCUGAGCUGGCGGGUCACGUGCUCCUCACGGCCGUCCGUCUAUUUGACAGCCGCGGGGUGGCUUGAUGCCAGAGGGGGGAAAGGGGGACACGGGGCGAAGGGGUAAAGGGAUAGAUAGAGAUAGAGAGAGAGAGGGAGAGAGAGAGAGAGAGAGAGAGAGAGGGGAAAAAGAAAAAUUAGUAUUCUCCUAGCAGCCUCGCUAUAAAUCAAUCAUGGAGUCGUACGCGGCGAGCUGCAAAUACGGCGCCGAGCCGCACUUCCCGACUUGCGAAGAAGAUUACAGUCAUUUCGCGGACCAGGGGGGGUACUACGACAGCCCCCCGGACUGCGGCGCCUACGGCGGCGGCCGCUACCUGCACCGGCAGCAGCCCCCCGCCGCCGCCGCCGCCGAGGCCCCUCCGGCCGAGCCCGGCUACGCGCCGCAGCCGACCGCCUACGAACACUCGUUGCAGGCGCAGCAGCAGCAGCAGCAGCAGCAGCAGCGGCGGCAGCGGGACGAUGCCGAGCGGCUGCCCCAGCGAGGCGCGCCCUUCCCCGGCUACGCCGAGCGCGACAUGCACGCCUGCGGGAAAGAGGGCGGCUUCCCGGAGAUGUGGACGACGUGCGCCGGGAAGCCCGCUCAGGUGCAGAGGCGAGGCGUCGGGGGGGCCCACCAGGCCAAGGACAAGCCGCCCGUGGUGGUGUACCCGUGGAUGAAGAAGGUGCACAUCGCCCACGUGAACCCGAACCACCCGGGCCCGGAGCCAAAGCGACUGCGCACGGCCUACACGCGCCAGCAGGUCCUGGAACUGGAGAAGGAGUUCCACUUCAGCCGCUACCUGACGCGCCGCCGCCGCCUGGAGGUGGCGCACGCGCUCGGCCUGUCCGAGCGCCAGGUCAAGGUGUGGUUCCAGAACCGGCGCAUGCGCUGGAAGAAGGACAACAAGCUGCCCAACACCAAGGGACGCGGCAAGGCCAAGAAAAGCGCCGACAAGGCGGACAUCCCGGUGUGACAUUCGGAGCCAGUGACGACCCGGGCCCACAUUCCUCCGGCGUGCGUUUAGCCUUAAACAUGUAGCCGAGCAUCUUCCCCUCAACUUCUGCAUCUCCUGGAAGAACUGAUGCUUUGUUUUGGACAGAACAGGGUUCUUUUGGAAUUAUUAUUAUUAUUAUUAUUAUUAUUAUUAUUUCUACAGGGUAAAAAAACAAACAAAAGCAAAAACAACGACAACAAAGCAUAACACAGGGUUGUAUAAGAGCGAGGCAGAGUAUUACUUGGAUGCACGUGACCAAAAUGUGUUUCUUUUUAUUUUGUAUUUUAUUUUGAAGGACAAACGCAAAGAUGACACACGUAGGCGACAAAUGGGCACGCUGUUGAUUUUAUGUGCCAUACACACACACACACACACACACACACACACGCACACACGCAGCUGAGCCCCAAAAGGUGUUUGCAUAUUUGUCUCAGGGUUUCCUUACAGGGUUUUAAAGUCCAUCCAGCACCAACAUAGAAAGAAUAAUAUCGUGUUGUUGUUGUUUUUUUUAUUAUUAUUAUUCCAGUGUAAUAUGCUAUAUUUUGCCUCCGUUAGUACUUAUGAUUUUUUUUUAUUUUUUAUUACGUGUACAUUCCAAAGCAUAUUUUAUUCUCGUUAGCUGCAAAUGUGUGUCGUUUUUGUAUGUGAGAAAGUACAGGGGAAAGAAAAAAAAAAAAAAAUCCGUGUACGACUUUUAUAUAUGUGUGGGGGGCAAAAAAAAAAAGAAACAUUUUGAUAUUAAAAAAAAAAAAAAAAAGCUUGGAUAGGUAAAUAAAAGCUUUACACUACA